AAACUACUGUCUUGAUUUACUGGCCAGCACAGUUUGAAGUAAUACUAAUAGUUGAGAAAGCGAAGGUCAACAUUAGUUGAGUAUUGAUGCCAGAUGCACUCUGCUGUGUAGUUUUGAACGAAUGUCCUCCACCCGUCUCUCUUGAUUGCAGUGGCUUGGACGUGUUAGUGGUCACGAUUUCCUGCAUCUUUCAAAUAAUUGUAAGCAACAGCCCGCGUGCUCGGCGAGUUUGCCGAAGUGAGCGUGAACUUGACGAGGCUCAACGUCAGACUUCAAAGAGUUGAAUAGAGGAACCCUGUCUCGCCGAUCAAUCAUGAAUGCCGAACGCUGGUGUGUGCUGGCGUUCGUAGCCUUGUGUAGCUUGUUGGGGGUGGCUCUGGGGCACAGCCACGUGUGCCCCAGCACGCAGGUGAAGGUAUGUUCAAGUGGUUGGAAAAGCUUCGCCAACAGACGCUACAUCUACUGUCCCGCAUCGUCCGGCAAUCAGGCCCUGAUCUAUGCUAAGUGCGAUACAUGCCGGGAGAGUGGCGAGUCGCUUCUGAAAGAGGUGGCGACGACUGAGGGCCAGAUCACGUUUGAUCUGUCGCUGUGUACGCAAGGAGACAAACUGGACAACAUCGGCAGUGGUUUCGGCCUCCACACGUACUGUGUGAUGUUCCUUGACGAUGUGAUCGAGGGCAUCCUCGACAGCAACGUGGAAGAGCUGAUAGCGGAACUGAAUACGUUGAGCGAAGCACCGAACAUCACCCUAGUGAAUGAUUCGCAAGAGGGAUGUGGGAUAGUGCGCUAUCCGUACGUGGUGACGGAGACACUGGGACUCGACUUCUACAACGCGAGCCAGUAUGACGUGUUCCUGAACAUCACGGACAAUGACCCUGAGACGUGCAUCAGGAGUGCAAAUACCACCGUAGCUAUUUGUAAAGAUGGCAUCGAUCCCAUGACAAAGGCGAGGAAUAUGUUACCUGCACAGCCGUUUGCAGUACUGCGUUAUGAGUGCAACGACUGUGGUCUUAACAGGACCACCGACUUUGUUUCUGGCACGACAAUGCCGAGAUUCGAGCGGAUCUUACGUCGAGCGAGCUAUGCGGCUGACGGCGGUCCACAGAACGCUAUCUUCUACAAUCGGCUUUCCUGCCAGAACGUCUUCAAUGUGUCCAACGCCAUAAACCUCUACUGUCGUACUGUAGAGUAUUGUGAGAACUGUGUCUCCUAUCUCAAUAUCAUGAGUGGACCGAUUAAUGCUGACGACGUCUAUAUUCGACGCGGUAACAAGUACUUCGACCUAUCCCUGUGCUUCAAAGUCCACGAUACGUACACAAACAGCGACGGAUUUGUGUUUGCCAACGUCACGAUUCCGGAGUUCAACAAGACUUCCUCCGGACUGUACUGCGACGUCUUCUACGACACCGCCAGGCGUGAAGGAAAGGCCGGUGUUCCCCUUCUCAACUAUGGUGAACGUAGCUCCACCACGCCGUCCGGUGAAGACAGCGGUGCGUCAGUGCUGACGCUCUCCGCUCUCGGGUCCUUGCUGCUCAGCGUAUUGGCAGUCAUGGCCAUUAAUUGAAGGCCGUGCAUGCGGACGCUCUCUGCUCUCGUCUCCUUAUAGCUCAGCGUAUUGGUAGCCGUGGCCAUUAAUUGAAGGCUGUGCAUGCUAACUCUCUCCGCUCUCGUCUCUUUGCUGCUCAACGUAUUGGCAGCCGUGGCCAUUAAUUGAAGGCCGUGUAUGCUGACGCUCUCCGCUCUCAUCUCCCUGAUGCUCAGCGUAUUGGCAGUCGCCACCAUUAAUUGAAGGCCGUGCAUGCAGAUCCCUUGUCAGUACUCUUCAACACGCACUGGUUAUAAGCAUACCCCCCUCCCCCAUCCCGUCGUUCAGACCAUUUAGCUGCCCCUGCCCUAUACACAUGUGCGUGGUUACUUUUUCAUGCCUUUCCGUUACCAGCAUCACUUUUGUGCGAAAAUCCUUUCGUCCCCUCUUUUGCAUUUUGUUUCUAGGGUUUGUUUAGACACGCUGCCCCGGAGUCUGCUGAUCUGCUCUGCAUAUUAUUAGCCAUUGUUCUAGGCGAACUGAUUCUCUCUAGAUGCUGAGUUUCUUUACACCAUGUUUAGCACUGCGCCUGUGUGGUGAGGGCCAAGCGGCAACAAAACCGCGAAUGCUUUCCGACUUCUCCAAUUCGUUUGUAUAUAAUGAGCUCCACUGGCGUUUAGUGUUCAUAUUGCUACUGAAGUACAUGGUACCUGUGGUUUACAGAAUGGACUCAGCAGUCUCUAGUUUUUGAUUUCGGUGUUCAAUUGCAUUCGUGUGUUUCAAUUUUCAAACCUUUAUUGAGACACUCCAAGGCGCGUCAACCUCGGUUACUCUCUGAGCAUCCAACAAGCCUUGA